AUGACUGCUGGCAGGAUGCUUGACAACACUGGCCCCUUUCACACCCUAUACAACAACACCCACCUGAUUAUUGCUCUGGCCCUUACCAUCUAUUUAGCCCUGGUUAGACGGCAUCGCUACCGCCGUAUGAUAGAGAUUGGGCGCCCUUUCACCGAUGGGAAGAGAGAAUUAUCAAGCAUGACGACCAAAGAAGCGCAUGCAAUUAUGGCUCAGUUACAGGAACUUGAAUUUCCAUAUGCUUUUGCUAAGGCUCGUCAGAUAGCUUUAUUAAAGGCAGGUGGUAUCCCAACCAUGUCCAAGCUUUUCGCAGCCACAGGUCAGAACAAUAGGCGUAACGCGGGGAAGCGCGCUGUUGACACGGAAAUCCUCUUGCGAGAGGCACAGUCAAAGUCUCGAGAUUCUGAUCGCUAUGCAACAGCCGUGGCGCGAAUGAAUUAUCUCCAUGCCCGUUACCGACGGGCAAAUAAAAUAACCAAUAAUGAUCUCCUCCAUACCUUGGGGGACGGUCUCGCGGAGAUCCUAAACGUAAUUGAGAGAGAAGAAUGGCGGGAACUUACCGAUGUUGAGAAAUGUGCCAUUGGUAUCUUCCACAAAAACCUAGGUGAAGACAUGGGAAUACCGUUUGAUCAACUUCCGUCAAAAGCAGAAGGAUGGAAAGAUGGCCUGCACUUCGCGAUGGAAUUGAGGAAGUGGACUAUAUCUUAUGAAGAGGAAGUCGCACGGCCGACCGCAACGAACGAUCAAUACGUUAGGGUCUACAUCGAUUCGGCAAUUUCAGCACUACCCAGUUUCUUAAGAACAAUUGUACGACAGAUGUUGAGUGCUGACUUGGACAAGAUCAUGAGAACGAGUCUCUGUAUUGAAUCCCCCAAUCCUAUCCUCAUUAUGGUACUGGGCCUCGUCCGAUACUUUCGAAGGCUAUUUCUUCGAUAUCUUGCCCUUCCGCGGCCCCCCUUCCUAGCCGUCAAGCUAGUACACGAAAUGCCAAAUCCUGGAACGAAUUUAUACAACUUCGAGCGGAAGAGCCUGCAACCAUGGUAUAUCCGACCUACUUUCUGGUCGAAAUGGGGACCUGGGGCAUUGUUGGUCAAAAUACUAGGAGGCAAGGUGCCAGGAUCUCGCGGAGACCGGUAUGAACCACAAGGAUACAACUUGAUGACUAUCGGACCGGAACCACAGAAAGGGAAAGGAAUGGAAGAGAUGAGGUCAGAUAUGGAUAUUAUCAGGACGAGAGGCGUAGCUACAUGUCCAUUCUCUCAGGCCAAAUCCGGUAACCUGAAGUGA